AAUGGAGAAGAAGGAGAAGACGGGGAAGAAACAAGUGCUGCUCUUCCACUGCCUGGAAUCCGAAGAGCUCGCCCGCGAAGUCGCCGCUCGCUCCGACCUCAUCCACCUCCAGUCCAUCAAAUGGAGGAGUUUUGAUGAUGGAUUCCCAAACCUUUUCAUAAACAAUGCACAAGAUAUACGUGGUCAGCAUGUGGCUUUUCUUGCAUCCUUCAGUUCUCCAGCAGUAAUCUUCGAGCAGCUUUCGGUCAUUUAUGCACUGCCACGGCUUUUUGUUGCUUCCUUUACAUUGGUGUUGGCAUAUUUUCCUACUGGCUCCUUUGAACGAAUGGAAGAGGAAGGAGAUGUGGCUACAGCGUUUACCAUGGCAAGAAUUUUGUCAAACAUUCCCAUCUCAAGGGGGGGCCCAACAAGUUUAGUUAUCUACGAUAUACAUGCUUUGCAGGAAAGGUUUUAUUUUGGGGACCAUGUUUUGCCUUUGUUUGAGACAGGGAUUCCUCUGUUAAAGAGGCGCCUUUGCGAGCUUCCUGAGUCUGAGAAAAUUGUCAUCGCAUUUCCUGAUGAUGGAGCCUGGAAGAGAUUUCACAAGCUCCUGGAUAAUUUUCCUGUGGUGGUGUGCACAAAGGUUCGUGAAGGUGACAAGAGGAUAGUGCGGCUUAGGGAGGGAAAUGCUUCUGGCUGUCAUGUAGUUAUUGUUGAUGAUCUGGUGCAGUCUGGGGGAACCCUAAUUGAGUGCCAGAAAGUUUUGGCAGCUCACGGUGCCGCCAAGGUGAGCGCAUAUGUUACUCACGCGGUAUUCCCGAAACGAUCUUGGGAGAGGUUCACUUGCAAUAAUGGUGGCUCUGACAAGGGAUUCACCUACUUCUGGAUAACGGAUUCUUGCCCACACACGGUUAAAGCCAUAGGAAAUCAAGCCCCUUUCGAAGUUUUGAGUCUUGCUGGAUCCAUUGCCGAUGCCUUACAGAUUUAAGUAGGCUUCAUAAAGGAACCAAAACGUCAGAGUUCCCGAGUGCAGGGAAUGAAUUACGCUAUUUCUGUGAGGCCUUCUGAGGGUUGUAGUUUCUGAAUAAUUCAGUUCAGAAACCUUGGUUUAUUUGUGUUUGGAACAAGGGGGUUUCAUGUGACGCCCCACCACAAGGUUGUACUGAUCAAUUAAUGGGCAUUCCCAAUUUUAGCUA